ACGAGAACUGUCUAUGGAACUGGUCGGUGGGGGCGACUAGCGUUACAACAGAGCGAGCACUGGCGCUAGCAACAACAGAAUCAUCAGAGGACCGGAAUAUUCUAGCUGCGACCGAUACACCGAUUCUCGGGAGACAGACUCUGAAGCUGUAGAAGAUCAUUUCAGCUCCUCAAUACACAGUACAAGCUGGGGGAUGGCGGUGAACGUAUACUCCACUUCGAUGACCAUCGAGAACCUGAGCAGACAUGACAUGCUCGCUUGGGUCAACGACUCUCUGCAGCUCACAUACACUAAGAUAGAGCAGCUGUGUACAGGUGUGGCGUAUUGCCAGUUCAUGGACAUGCUGUUCCCUGGCUGUGUCCUGUUGAAGAAAGUGAAGUUCCAGGCCCGUCUUGAGCACGAAUUUAUCCACAACUUCAAAGUGCUGCAGGCUGCCUUCAAACGCAUGAAUGUGGACAAGAUCAUUCCGGUGGAGAAGCUGGUGAAGGGCAGGUUCCAGGACAACUUUGAAUUUGUGCAGUGGUUCAAGAAGUUGUUUGACGCCAACUACGACGGCAAAGAGUACGACCCGCAGCUGGCCCGCCAGGGCAUGGAGGUGUCCCCGUCACCUAACCCAGGUGAUCUCAUUUUCCACAAACCCAGGAGGCCCCCAGGACCCCAGCGGACGUCCCCCACAGUGCCCAAAUGUGCGCCUGUCCCACAGCGGGCCGUCACCAGCACCCCCUCCUCUGGUAUGAGGAGACACAUGCCCCUCUCUCGCAACGGCGGCAGUGAUGCAGAGGUCCUGGAGCUCAAUCAGCAGUUGAUGGACCUGAAGCUGACGGUAGACGGACUGGAGAAGGAGCGAGAUUUCUACUUUGGCAAGCUGCGGGACAUUGAACUCAUCUGCCAGGAGCAUGAGAACGACAACAACCCUGUCCUCUCCAAGAUCAUGAACGUCCUCUACGCCACAGAGGUAGCACCCCCUACACCAUCCAGAUCAAUUCCCCUCACUCCCCUCAACACCCAGAUCAAUUCCCCUCACUCCGCGCAACACCCAGUUCUUCGCGUCUCACUCCUGCACCACUCCACCCCACCCAUCGCUCGCUUGGUUUAAAGUAUGUUUAACACGUACUUUCAAAACGUAUACUUACAAAUAGAUGUCAAUAAGUACAACUUCAGUAUACCAGAAAUACAUAUAAUAAUUCUUACUCCCCCACCACUCCAUUCCACCCCUCUCUCGCUUGGUUUAAAGUUUGUUUAACACAUACUUUCAAAAUAUAUACUUACAAAUAGAUGUCAUUAAGUACAACUUCAGUAUACCAGAAAUACAUAUACUAAUUCUUACUCCCCCACCACUCUCACUCCAUCCCUCACUUGCUUGGUUUAAAGUAUGUUUAACAUGUCAUUUCAGAACAUAUACUUGCAAAUAGAUGUCAUUAAGUACAACUUCAUUAUACUAGAAAUAAAUAUACUAAUUCUGACUUGAAGUGGCAUAUCUGUGUACUUUUAAAAAAGUGUAUUUUAUUGUAAGUGUAUUUUAAAAUGUACAUUACUCUAAUUUCAAAAAGUGUAUUAAAUUACUCAAACUUACAGUGGUUAUUUGGUGCCAUUAUGGAAAGUAUUAUAUUUGUUCACGUAAUUUCUUACAUUAUUAGUGUGCUCUAUCAAAGUCUAUUUUGUGUCACUGAAUAUAAGUGUUUGCAAGUCUACUUGCAAAGAGUGCACUUAAAUAUGUGUGUAUUUUACAUUGCUCAUACCUACAGUGGUAAUUUAGUUUACUGACAUUUGUAGUACACUAUAACUGUACUAUAAAAGUGUAUUUUAUUUUAGUAAAUAGAAGUGUUUGAAAAGUCCCAGGAGAAAAAAUGAUGCUUAAAAAAUAAUAAAUCUUGACAUACUUCUAUAUACUACAGCUACACUAAUGAUGGGUAUACCUUAAAUGUGUUCAUGAUUGAGUGAAGUUGUGUACUUAAGUUGUAUUGAACUUGUAGUACAAAGUACAAUUUCAAGGUCACAUAUUGCAAACAUUUUGUUAAAAUAUACUUUGAACACACUAUGUACAUUUCAACUAAUGCAGUUAAAUACAUGCUUGAUUGGUGACAUAUAGUGUACUUUUAAUAUGUUACCUAUAGAUUGAAAAUACACAAUAGAUAAUAUUCUCCCAGGUGAAAACAAUCCUACAUCUUCACAUACUUCAGAAAACUUUCAGCAACACGCACCACUGUAACAUUUGUGCCAUUCUUGUGUCUAUGCUGUGUCAUCGCCCACACACCAUUCAUUUCUAUGUUUACCACUGUGCUACAUGACUAGAGCGAAGGGAAAGUCACGCGAGCAGAUCGUGUAGUACACCUGGGAUUUCAUGUUCUGUUGGCUGUAAUAGCAGUACUUACUUACCGUGAUGAAAUAAAUAUUUUUUGUCUCCUGA